UAAACGUCACACACACACUCUUGCGCUCCAUCAUAAUUUUUGUUUUGUUGCUCCACUGCUGACUGAGUUCUUUUAUUUAAACAAUUGGAACUACGCGAAGAAGCAGCUAAUAAUUGCGCUAUUGUAAAUGCAGUUUUCAUUGGAAGUUUGCUUAUGUAACGCAGCAGGAGAUUAGCAGGACGAACUUCAUACAAAAGGCACUCGAACGGAAUUCCAAGGAUACUCGGACACAGGACUGCAGCAACAAAAACGCAGUCAUGGCUGACAAUGUGUUCAAGUCGCAAGAUAUCGGGCUACGCGCUCAAAAGAAAAUCCUCUCACGCAUGGCAACAAAAAACAUUGCCAAGACAUUCAUUGAUGGUACAACGGCCUCGCUGCUGGAUAAUCUCUACCGCCUGUGCAAGCUGCAUACCGGCAACAAGGCCAAAGCGGAGAAGCUCAUCAAGAACAUCAUCAAAAUAGUCAUCAAGAUUGGCGUGCUGCAUCGAAACAAUCAGUUUAGCGACGAAGAGCUGCGCAGGGCAGACAACUUUAAGCGCAAAUUUCAGAACACACAGCUGUCCAUCAUAUCAUUCUACGAAGUGGACUACACCUUCGAUUUGGGCUAUCUGCAAAAGUCAAUAGCGGAAUCGCGUGUGGCCCUAAAGUCCAUUGUGCAGCCGCAUUUGACGGACAAGUCGCUGGGCCGCAUUGAUGAGGUUUUCGAUUUUUUUGGCGAUGCUGCGCUUUUGGAGACAGCCUUCAAGCCGGAUUCGCCCUACCGCGAGACCAUGGGCAAGAUUGUGGCGGAUAUUAAUUCAGCCAUGGAAACGGGUGAUAUCUGAGCGCUCAGAAAGCAACCAAAAACUCAGCAAAAGACACUAAAUAGCUAGCUGCAACAAUAGUAAGGCUUGGCUCACACCCACCAACAAACCAAAACACACACAAAAAACUAUCUGUAGGAAGGCGAAGAAAAAGACAUGGGGCAGAGUUUAGUUUAGUUUUUUGGGAUAGUGAUAUCAUCGACAAAACACAGCAAAUAUCAAAAGUGAAGAAACGUCCAUGUUCGUAUUGAUUUGUUAACAAAUUUGUGUA